AUGUUUUCGGAAAACUUUGAGGACCCUUUUGCCACAACAAUAGCUGAACAGUCAAAACAAGACAUGAUAAGGUCUCCCAGGUGCCUUUAUGUUGAAUACAAGAACAGUGGGAUCGAUGUUCAGUGUCAGGUUCCAUUGUACGUCGCAACCAAAAUGGCGCCAAUCAGAAGAUCGUCCUUCUUUGUUCCGUCGACUGACGGGUAUGCUCGUGCAGCCAUGCGGUGGAUAGUCGAUGAAUCUCGUUGCACGCCCUACUGGCCCCAUUCCAUCCUCUGGGACCUGGCUCAUUCACUGCCGGAAAGCGUGGUUGAUGCGUGGCGUUUGCGCUGUUGUCUCGGCAUUCGAAAGAGGGGACAACUCAAAGAUUCUAGGAAGAAGGAAUGA